UGAAAGCUGCUAUUUGUUUUAGGAAAAUGUGAUGGUACUGGCAAAUGGGGGGGAUAUAUGCACAAAUGGUGUGGUCUGGGUGGGGGAGAUGGGUCCAACUUAUAUACAUGGUAGGAAAAUGUGGGGUUUACAUGUCAUUUGAAGGGAACCAUAAACCUUGAACUGGUAAACUAAGAGAACUAUGAAAAGGUCAGCUUAACUGAACACAAACACACACCAUCCAUCCUUAUUGCAAAGUAGCACUUUCUUAUUGCAUUAAUGAAUACCAACACUAGAUGACACCAAUGCGCAAGCUCUGCAGCAAAGGGAACUGCAACUAACUGAAUUUCUGCUUUUCCAGUCCGAUCUGAAAUACUAAGUUAUAAAUACUAAGUGGCAGAGGUGCAGAAGAUAAAGAUUUUUACUGGCAAACAUAACAUUGUUUAAGCCCUUUGCAGAUGUUUUGGUAAUGUAUUUUAAUAAGUGAGAUUCAUUACUAACAGGUAAUUGUUAUUGUUUCCAUUAUACAGCACUGUUUUUUGAGUCUGCCCUAACCUUAAGGGAUAGUCUCUCGUUUCCAAAAUAUUAUUUUAUAUUUGUAUAUUAUUUCAUUUCCAUGUGAAUAGUAUCCUGUAUUGUACCAUGUUAUUUGUAAUUUCAGAGGGUCAAGGUCUCCAUUAGAAACAUCUUUGUCCCUCUAGAGUUUGGAGAUUCUGAGAAUGCAUCUGACCAGAAACCUACGUUUAAACUCAGAAAUCGAUGUCUGGGACAUGAGUAAGAGAGGAGAACCUGUGCAAGGAGACUUAAUUAGCCUUCCCAAGAACAGCAUACGAUCAUUGUAAGAGCAACUAGAGGCUUAGCCCUCUCUCUCACACUACUCACGGUGCAGUGAAACAGAAGCUACUGUACAAUGUGUUGCAGCACAAAAUGCUGGUUAAUUGUUGGAUCUGUUAUUGGAGGACUACUGGCUAUUCUAGGUGGAAUCCUUUUUCCUGUGGGAGAUAUGAUUAUCAAUAAGGAAAUUAGUACGGAAGCAGUAAUUGAAGAAGGGACCAUUGCCUAUGAAAACUGGAUAGAGGCAGGAAGUCCUGUCUACCGGCAUUUUUGGAUAUAUCAUGUCACAAAUCCUGAUGAGAUAAUAAAUGGAGGAAAACCAAUACUUCAGCAAAAAGGACCAUAUACCUAUCGUGUCCGUUAUCUUCCUAAAGAGAACAUCACACAACUUGAGAACAAUACUGUCUCAUAUUGGCAGCCAAAUGGAGCCAUUUUUCAAAGAGAGGGGUCAUAUGGUCCAGAAGAGGACACAUACACUGUUCUGAACCUUGCUGUUGCAGCAGCGCCUGCUAUGUUCCCGGCUCUUCAAGGACUUUUAAAUGCCAUUAUUAAAAGUUCAAAUUCAUCCUUGUUCCAAGUCAGAAGUGUAAAAGAGCUGUUAUGGGGCUAUAGAGAUCCAUUUUUAGAAAAAAUUCCAAUUGAUAGCAUUGAUAAAACCACUGGACUAUUCUAUCCGAAUAAUGGAACGGCCGAUGGUAUUUAUCAUGUUUAUAAUGGAAAAGGAGACAUAAGUAAAGUUGCCAUCAUUGAUAGAUAUAAGGAAGCAAAAGCACUCCCAUACUGGAAUGAUGAUUUCUGUGACAUGAUUAAUGGUACAGAUGCUGCUUCAUUUCCUCCUUCUGUUAAAAAAGAUAAAAGACUCUACUUUUUUUCUUCUGAAAUAUGUAGAUCUAUUUAUGGAAUAUUUGAGAAAGAGUAUAUGGUGAAAGGAAUAAAGCUGUAUCGGUUUGUGGUAACAGAAGAUGCGAUGGCAUCACCUACAAAAAAUCCAGAUAACCACUGUUUUUGCAAAGAUUUUCAGCUUUCAAGAAACUGUACUGCCGCCGGUGUUCUGGAUCUCAGGUCCUGUCAAGGGGGAAAACCGAUUUUCCUUUCUCUUCCACAUUUUCUGUAUGCAAGUGACUACCUCCUUGAUUCUGUGAGUGGCCUAAAGCCCAACAAAGAAGAACACGAGACCUACAUAGAUGUUGAACCAAUAACUGGAUUUACAAUGCAUUUUGCUAAAAGGCUACAGGUCAAUGUAAUGAUUCAACCUACAGACAAAAUAGAAGUAAUGUCUAAACUGCAGUCAGAGUUAGUGUUCCCCGUUGCAUGGUUAAAUGAGACUGCACUUAUUGGGGAUGAUUCUGCAAACAUGUUUAAAUCCAAGGUAACUACCCCUAUGAAGGUGGUAGAAAUAUUGCGGAUAGUACUGCUUUGCGUUGGAUCAGUAGUUUUUCUUGCCUGCUCUAUUACCUUGUGUGUGAGAGGCUCCAAAAAACAAAGGUAAACAUGCAUAUCAAGUCAGAAGGACAGCCCAGAAACCAAGAAAAACACAGGAGUAAUCAUUCUACGUGGUAAAUCAUACAGCUAGCCCUAAUUUGGUAUGGAUUCAAUCACAUCCAGAAACUGCAAGGAUUCCUCUGUAUGUUUUAACUCAUAGAAAUAAAAAGGUGUAACCGAUGUACUGUGUCUGUAAAAUGCAUUUUGAUAUGAAAACUGAAUAUAUUUCCCAUUGUGAAAAAUCACUUCUGUACCAUAAAAUACUUGUAAACUGGACUUAAUUUUACAAGAAAAGUUACUCACCAAAAGUCAAUUCUUAUGAAAUGAAAAAGUCAUUGAGGAAAAAAAGGACAAUAACGGAAUUGAAAUGCAAUAUCCAAGGCAUGAAACAAUCUCCAUGUGCAUUACAAAAAACCUGAAGUUUUGGGGUCGCACAUUUUGGUUUUAAAUAUGUGAUAUUAAAAAACUAACAAUAUUGUAAAAAAUAAAAAGUGAACAAUUGUU